GGUGGGACAGGGGUGGGACAGGGACACCGCUGUGAGGGACGCUUCCCCGAACCCUGGGACGAGACCACCGCGGAGAGGGCGGGGGGGAACUCCUCUCGCCCGUUCCGCUUCCUACCCGAUGGGCCAGAUACCGAACUCGUCCGGGCUGAUGAGCUUCCAGGAGCCGGCCAGGAACUCGCGGCACCAGGCGUAGGCCUGCUGGCGGGUGGCGGCGGGGACAUCGCCGUCCGCGCUGCCGCUGCCGCGGCCCCCCGCCGCCGCCGCCAUGGUCGCCCCUGCCCCGUCCCGCUCGGCCUGGGCGGGGCCCGGCCAGCUUCUAACCAAUAACAACGCUAUUUUCUGAUUGACUGUUUAAUGGACCAAUAGAAAGCCGCCUUGGGGAGGUGGCGCGUGCGCGGCAGCCAAUGGGCGUGCUCGGCGGGAUGCGGCGGAACGUGGAGGUGAAGGCGCGGCUGAGGGCGCGGGAGGAAGCGCUGAGGGCGGCCCUGAGGCUGCUGGGGCUGGGCCCGGCGGGCCCGGUGUGCCCCGGGGCCGGGCAGGAGCCGCCCCAGGUGUGCCCCGGGGCCGGGCCGGGCACGGGUGAGGGGCAGGAGCCGCCCCAGGCGUGCCCCGGGGCCGGGCAGGUGCUGCUCCAGACCGACACGUUCUUCCGGGUGCCGCGGGGGCGGCUCAAGCUGCGGCGGACACAGGACGGCCGGGGGGAGCUGAUUUUCUACGAGCGCCCCGACAGCGCCGGCCCCAAACUGUCCAGGUUCAGCAUCACCCCCACGGCCGACCCCGAGGGGCUGCAGGCGGUGCUGUCCCUGUCCCUGGGCGUGCUGGGCACGGUGAGGAAGGAGCGCCUGCUGCUCCUGCUGGGCCAGACCCGGCUGCACCUGGACCGGGUGCAGGGGCUCGGGGACUUCCUGGAGCUGGAGGUGGUGCUGCGGCCGGGGCAGAGCGAGGAGGACGGGCAGCGCCGGGCGCGGGAGCUGCUGCGGGAGCUCGGGGUCGGGGAGCAGGACCUCGUGUCUGGGGCCUACCUGGACCUGCUGCUGGCACAGGGGGACAACGGGGACACCGCCCCGUGCCACCCCCCAGCUGGGCACGGGCAGCAGGGCUGAGGGCUGGGGGCUGCUGGCUGUGCCCGCCCUAUAAACAGCUGUGCCUGCCCUAUAAACACCCUGUAUCCCCUAUAGACACCCUGUGCCCACACCAUAAACACCCUGUACCCACCCUAUAAACACCCUGUGCCCACCCUAUAAACACCCUGCACCU